CUCGCCCAGUUUUGCUCAUUACGCAGUGGAUCUUACUACGUCCUCUCCUGCUGAACACACACUAGGAAUUCACCGUGCUGCACCUUGGAGACCAACUAAAAGAAUGGUCAGUCAGCAGAGCUGUAGAUGGGGAAGCCCUUAGUCGUUUUUUUUCCCUGCAAGAUGCAGCUACAGACCUGGCUGACAUUGAAACCAGUCUUCAUUUUCAGAUGGAGCGGAUGAGCGCAGUCUGCGUGUGAGAGAGAAGUUUGAUCCUCCGCCGUGGAAUGGGCAAUGGGAUAUGCUACACAAUGAAACGUCUAUGCCUUUUUCUCUUGCUUGUGAGCAUCACCUGCCGGCUGAGCUUUUCUCAGGAAGUAGCUGGAAGUCCUAGACAGACAGAAUUAAACGACAACAUCACCAUCUUCACCCGCAUCCUGGAUGGACUGCUCGAUGGUUAUGACAACAGACUCCGGCCCGGUCUGGGAGAAAAGGUGACGGAGAUCAAAACAAACAUCUUUGUCACAAGCUUUGGUCCCGUCUCUGACACGGAAAUGGAAUACACCAUCGACGUCUUCUUCCGUCAGAGCUGGAAAGAUGAGAGGCUCUGCUUCAAAGGCCCGAUGGAGAUGCUAGCCCUGAAUAACCUGCUGGCCAGCAAUAUCUGGACGCCCGACACCUUCUUCCUCAACGGGAAAAAGUCCAUUGCACACAACAUGACCACGCCCAACAAGCUGCUGCGGCUCAAAGACGACGGGACGCUCCUUUACACCAUGAGGCUCACCAUCUCCGCAGAAUGUCCAAUGCAACUGGAGGAUUUCCCUAUGGAUGCCCACGCCUGCCCCCUAAAGUUUGGAAGCUAUGCCUAUCCGGUCUCAGAGGUGGUCUACACCUGGACUCAGGGAGCAGCCAAGUCUGUGGUGGUGGCAGAGGAAGGCUCAAGACUCAACCAGUACCAUCUGAUUGGCCAGACAGCAGGAACAGAGGACAUCUACACCAGUCGGGGUCAGUACACGGUGAUGAUGGCUCACUUUUACCUGAAAAGGAAGAUAGGUUAUUUCGUCAUCCAGACCUACAUGCCAUGCUUCAUGACUGUGAUCCUGUCACAGGUUUCCUUUUGGCUGAACCGUGAGUCUGUCCCAGCAAGAACCGUCUUUGGUGUGACCACAGUGCUCACCAUGACCACUCUCAGCAUCAGUGCUCGAAACUCCCUACCCAAAGUGGCGUAUGCCACUGCCAUGGACUGGUUCAUUGCAGUGUGCUAUGCCUUUGUCUUCUCAGCGCUCAUUGAAUUUGCCACAGUGAAUUAUUUCACCAAAAGGAGUUGGGCCUGGGAUGGGAAAAAAGCAAUGGAGGCUCAACAUCCCAAGAAGAGAGACCCAUUAGCUCUAUCAAAGAAGCCCAACAACACCUGCUCAGCCGGUGUAAAUUAUACAACCAACCUCACCAAGGAUGCAUCCAUCUCCACCAUUUCAAACAGCACAACUAUUCAGCUCAAACCGUCCGAAAGCAAGGCCCCAGACCCCAAAAAGACUUACAACAGCGUGAGCAAGAUCGACAAGAUGUCCAGGAUUGUGUUCCCUGUGCUUUUUGGGACCUUCAACCUGGUGUACUGGGCUACGUAUCUCAACAGGGAACAAAUGAUAAAAGAAGCCGAGUGAGUUCUAAGCUGGGGGCCGCAGACAAAACGAACUUAAUGAAAAAUGUUAAUGCCAAGCACUUUGUCCUUGUAUCAUAGUUGUGUUCUUUUAAGAUAUUAACAAAUUAUUGCAUGUGUGUUGCUUCUGGUAAGUGCUGCCAUGUUUGCCUUGAGUUAGUCCAUCUAUGAUUACAAACCUAAAAUAUUAACUUAUUACUACUCACUCAGAAUUUUUUUUCUAUUUUAGCAUUUGGCAUUUUCUAUACUCUCAUUUAGUUUUUAGUUGGAAAUGGAAGUGCUAGGCCAAAUGCUAUGCAAAGAAAAAUUUGUACUGUAUCAUUGAAAAUCGCCUUUUAUCUUUUUAAGUCUGUAAAUAUUACACAUGAGGUCCACGAAUGUGAAAUUGGACCAAAUGUAACUUUGCUUUCUUGUUAAAAGCAGAUAAAUAGCCAUGCUAAUUGUGUUGCCUUCAGAGUACGAUAACUCAUUAUGAAUGCACUGAACUCUGCACUCCUGCAACACCAUCUUUCUGAAGGUCAUGUUCAGAAAGUUAACUUAGUGGACUCUAUUUGUUCAAUUUUGCUACUUUUCAAUUGAUGGUAGCUUGAUAUUUAUUAAGUUUUGUUGAAAUGAAAGAUCAAAGAGGGAAGCAUUUAAAGCUUAAGUUAUGUUAUUUAAAAAAAGAGGUUAAAAAAGUGUAUAUAAGUAAGUAUGGGUGUAGUUUAAGACUCUGCUUAAAAGCACCACUAUGCUGGUGAAGUUAGCUUAUAUUCUUGCAAUGCUUCUAGAUAAGCAGUGUUUUUUGCUAGUUUAGUGCUUAAAUGAAAAUGAGCCUGUAGUUUAAGCCUUAUUAAAAAAAAUGAUUGUAGAAUCAUUUAUUGUUUUCAUAAUAUAAUUUUUUUAUUUUGAGCUUUUAUAAAAGUUAUCAUUCUUGUUGAUUAGCCUAGUGAAAGAUUUCUGUUUAGGUGUGAAAAUAAAAACGGCAUCUAGGACUAGGCUUGGUUAACUGGGAGAUUAAAAAAAUCAAUGACAAAUCGAUUUACGUUAACAAUUUUCAAAUAACUAUCUAUCAAUAAAGAUGCUACUAUACUUUAUUUAGCUUAGCUUAACGUUUCUUAGCCUAAAGACUGGGGAAAACAAAUAGCCUGCUGUUACUUUCUAGUACUUGUUCAUUUUGUUAUGUUUUUUAUUGAAGAUUUUAGGUAUCAUUCUAUUAAUCUGUGUUAAAUUUAAACAUGUGUUCGUG